GAUGACUUUAUAGAAUUGCUGAACGUCACAGGCAGGGAAAAGACAGAGGUAUAGCUGAGAGUUUUAUUUUUUUUGGAUCGCUAAUUUAGUCAUUUUCUGUAAGACAUGAACUUUAGGGCCUUAACAAGUUUUGCUGGCUCGUUGCAAUGGAAUACACGCAAACAAUACCUGUGAGAUUUUACGAAUAUUGUCGAGCUUUUGAAGAAGAAAUUGACAAUUGCUGCAAGUCUAUCAGUAGAGAAAUAAUUGCCGAGACGAACUUCAAUCCAAAACAGUACAAGUUAUACCCCUAUCAAAUACAGGAGGAGCCACAAAACGACGUAUUCGAGGAGACGGGAGAUCUGGGGUUACUUCCCUUUAGAGACGAGAGUUUAGAAAAAGCGCCGAGAGACGCCGCGAAUUUCCGAGAACGACGAAGAAUGCUCAGCAUCAACUCUGCGUUUGAGGAACUGAGACUCCAUGUGCCGACAUUUCCGUAUGAGAAGCGGUUAUCUAAGAUUGACACCCUGCGUCUGGCCAUUGCCUAUAUUGCCUUGUUACGGGAUCUAUUGGAGGCGGAUGUAGAUGAUCCCUUGGUUUAUGUUGAAGAAAUCCUAAACUCGCCCGACCAGACCAGGUCACAUGUGAUUUGGAACACUAGUGAUCUAACGGCGAGAAUUGCAUGGAUCAAAUGGGAAAAUUUGGGUGUGCAUAGGAAGCAGAAUGAGACAUGCCACCUCCAGAUGUAAGUUCCGGGAUAUCUCGAGGAUAAACCAUAGGGAGAUGCAUACAAUUCGAGGGGUCCCGAGAACCGAUGUGAGAGAGGUCCCGAUGUUUGGCGAGUGAGUGAAAUCGUGUUAUUUAUUGUGAAUAAAAGUG